CUCGCGGCAUCAGCAUGGGGAACCUCACGCACGUGGUCGUGCAGUUCCCGCGUGUCUGGUGGGACGACGGGAUGCUCAAGUGGCUGAGCGCGAACCACGGCUCCAACCAGAGCCGCGGCGAGUUCUCCCUCUGGCACAACCUGAACCACGCGUCGCUGCUGCCCGGCUCGCAGACCCUCCUCACCUUCCUCGGCGACCCGCAGUCGAGCCUGUACGAGGGCAUGGCCGACGCCGACGUGCGGGCGGCACUGAUGCGCCGGCUGCGCGCGCAGCACCCGAGGACGCGGAUCCCGGACCCGCUGUCCUUCUUCAUCUCGCGCCACGGCUACGAUCCAAACACGCACGGCGCCUACUCCUUCUUCGAGCCGGGCUGGCGCGACAAGUACUUUGCCACACUGACGCGCCCGCUGGCGGCGCGGUGCGGCGCGGCGCAGGGCGGGGAGGAGGUGGUGCGCGUGAGGCUCGCGGGCGAGGCGAUGUGCGACGACCUGAGCGGCUACACGCACGGAGGCUACCAGUCGGGCCGCGAGGCGGCGGCGGCCUACCUGCACGGCGCGGGAAAGGGGCCCGACCCGAGGGACCACGACGAGCUGUCGCUGUGCAACUGGUAGAGUGUGGGGGAAGUAGAGGAAGCAGGAGGCGGGCGGCGGGGGUAGGACAGGUAUCGGCUGCCAGCGCACGGCGUGUGUAAACUCACCUCAAUUGUACCAUUUGCUGUGGCGUUGUGAUUCAGUCAAGUUGUGUGUUUUUGUCGAUUGUCGUCAGAG